GUCAGCGUCCAUGUACUGGAGUGUUGUGAUAAGCAGCAUGUUAACAUGAAUGACCGCUGUUAGAAAAGUCGCUGAGCAGAUUGAUUUCGCAUUUAUUACAGUUAUUCAAUACGUAUACUUAUUAAAACACAAAUUAAGGAGAAGAAUGAGUCGAUUUCUGAAUGUUUUGAGGAGUUGGCUGCUCAUGGUGUCUGUGAUCGCGAUGGGGAAUACAGUACAGAGCUUCAGAGAUCACAGCUUCUUAUCGGAGAAACUCUACACGGGCACACCUCAAUACGUAAAUGGUCUUCAGGCGAGAACGUUUGGCAUCUGGACUCUUCUGUCCUCCAUCAUCCGCUGCGCCUGUGCAAUAGACAUUCAGAACAGAACGCUUUAUCACAUCACCUUGUGGACGUUUGUUCUGGCGCUCGGUCACUUCCUGUCAGAAGCGUUCAUCUAUAAAACGGCUCCUCUGACCAUUGGAGUCAUGGCCCCUCUGAUUGUAGCAAGUUUCUCUGUUGUGGGCAUGUUAAUUGGGUUCCAGUGUAUCUCUGAGAUGCAGGAAGUGAGUGGAGCUCGUCAGAAGAAGAGGAACUGACCGUCCAGUGACAUUCACAGCAUUGCUGGUGAUGCUUCAGCGCUGAAGCUUUUGGGCACUGAUAAGGGUACAGGCUAUAAUCGGUGUGUCCUGACAGCAGAACAUGAUUCUGAUUGGUCCGUUGUUUGUUAUGAGUCUCUGCUGCCAUCAACUGCUUGCCAGUCCAAAUAUAUGAGGCCCAAACUACAGACAGUUUUCAACGUAAUGAUAUUUAAAUACAUUUUUACAACAAACAGUGAAAUCGAAUACGAAUCAUAUUUUUAUGUGAAUAUUUGGAGUUAAUGGCACGCUCUGGGCAUUCGCUCUGAGUUCCCAUGUAUGCUGGACACAUGUCUGCUCCAAUUCAUCACUUUUUUAUUUUUUUGUUAUAAAAUGUUUGGUUUAUUAAAUAAAAAUGAACAUUUUAGUAUGGAUUACUUGUCUACAAAAUGUAUUUGAAGCAGUUAAUUCAAAUGGUUGUGAAGAACAUGAGAAACAUAAAUUCAGUUAAGUUUUCCAAACUUUUAGCUGGUAUAUAUAAAUAAUAUAUAGCUUUUUUAAUAUAGAAAAUCAUAGAUCUUAAGUGACUCAUACUGUAUAAUAUUAUAAUAAAAUAAAUAUAGCAUUAGCUAUACCUUGAAUGUAUGGGUGUUUCUUCAACUUUGCAAUUUCAUGUCCCUGGUUUGAUUUUUAUAAAAACAAAUAGAUGUAAUCUUUUUUUCUUUUAGUUUGUUUAUGAAGGUCACAUUUAAACUGACUUAAAAUUUUACCAGGCCUACAUCAUUUAUUUUUGCUACUUUUCGGAUGUCUUUUAUGUACAGAUUUGACUGUUUUAUCAUUGUCUCAGACCCAGACUAUCAAUUAUAAACAAUGAAAAUGUAAUAUAUAUUUUGCUGCUUGUUGAACAUUUUGUCACAGCUAGAAGGUUCCUGUAGCUCAACAGGUAGAACAUGUUGCUCGUAACACCAAGCUCAUGGGUUCAAUUCCCAGUAAACACACAAACAUAUCAGAUGUAUACACUGCACUCACUGUAAGUCACUUUGGAUAAAACCACCUGCAAAACACAUAAAUAUAACUUGAUUUCAUUCUAUCCAUUUAAAUUUGUCUAAUGGAAGUUUACUUAAUCCAUUUGAUUUGGGACUACAUGAAUACUUUUUGUGGUGUUAAUGUAGCAUUGAUGAAACUGGGGAUUUCCAUUUCCCACCAUGCUUUGCAUGGGACAUGAUACAGUAAAUGCUACCAUUAAUUGUUAUUUUAUGUGCUUUUCUGCAAGAUAAAUAUAUAAAAGGGGAUACUUGUUAGUGUUUAAUAUUUUGUUAUGUUAGAGUUUCUGUUAUGUUGGAGUUUUGGAGGUUACCAUUACGGUGGAGCUUGAGCUAAUGAUGAGGACAGGUAGAUGUCACACAUGAAAUUAUGAGAAAGUGGCAUAAAUUUGAGGCAGAUUGCUGCCAUCUGGUGAACAAAAUAUAACUAACAUGACUUGAAAACCAUGUCAUGCCAGUAAUAGCCAGUAGAUAGCUGUAGCCACUGUGUAAUCUGAUAUCUUGUUGUAACCUUAUUUUAUAUUUUAUCAGAAGAUAUAUAUGAUAUAUUAUAAAACUAUUAUUUGUCCAAAUUUGGCAUUUUAAAGAUGAUUUGAGGUGUCAGUUUUUGCAGUUAAUGUUAUUAUGGUUACAAUCAAACCUGACCAUGGUGUUACAAAGAGAAGACACAAAAUAAGCAUUUUUCUACCAAUAAUUUAUUUCAAACAUAAAAAUGUAAUAAUUCAAAGUAAAUACAUAAUAAUAUCAAGAAAAUGAACAUAAAGAAACAGAAAUGAAAUGUACAACUCUGAUUCUUUUGUUUUAUACUCUAAUUGAAUUUUCAGAGUAAAUAUUUUGCAAUUUCAAACUUUCUAUAGUAAAAAAAGAAAAUAUGUGUGUGUGUAUAUGUGAGAGUGUCUUAGAUUGCUGUCAUCAGCUGAACAACAGAUGACUUGUAAUGCCUACAAUGACCAAAAGAUGGCAGUAGAGCUCCACUUAUUGAUGUACUGGUAAUGCGUGUGUGUGUUUUGCAUUGUGACUAAUAUAUAUAUAUAUAUAUAUAUAUAUAUAUAUAUUACACAAAUGUAAAAAAAAACCUCUGUGGUAUAAUCUCACCAGUUAAUUUGUGUGUUUGUGUGUGAGUUGGUGUAUGUGUUUUGCACUGAGGAUGUUUUAGAGUCUCACCGUGUAAUUUCUGUCUGUUUUUUUUUUUUUUUUUUUUGCAUUAUGGCUGAUUUAUUGAUUGUAUUAAAAAAUCUGUUUUUUGGUCAAUUUUGACCAGGAACACCAAAGGUGUCCCUUUUUAAAAAAAAACAUAACUUAGACUUAUCUAAUUAAGCCUAAUUGUUUUAUGGUCAGAUGGCAAAUGGAGGAAAAGUCACCAAGUCUUGUAAUGCUCAGAUAAAAAAAAAAAAAACAAUUGAGGAAAAUGUAUUUCAAGCAAAAAUGGCCGAAUACUGUAGGAGGGUUAAACUAGGUUCUUUCCACACAAAGUGUUUGUUUUGAGAUUACAUAGUUAUUUUAAGAUAAGAAAACUCAUUUCAAACAUGUGGAACCACUGUCCACAAUUUGAAUCAAGUUCAGCCAAAGAGCUAUUUUUUUGAGUGUAUGAUCAUCUAAACAAACAAAACAUUUCAAUAUUUCUGUGAAAAUUAUUUCUAACAAUUUCUUUCAAAAAAAAUAAAAAUAAAAAUUCAAAAAUGUAUGACUGUCCCACAGUUGCAUCAUUUCUUGAAUAUUUGUAUUGGGGGUCAUUUCCAAUUAAGCUGAAAUUUUGCCAAAUUAUACAAAAAGGUUGAAAAUAUAAUUUAACUGUGUGUAUUUAGGAUUGCACUCUCAGUUCAAGCUUUUGCCCCUUGGGAGACGUCUACGUGGUGUAAGGUGCCUUAC